AUACACAUUAUCUUUAUCCUUUAUCAAGAUCCAUGUCAAAUGAAAUGAUGAGAUUUUCCUCUUUAAGUACAUUCCCACGGCAAAUAGAUAUCAGCAUGACACGUUUAGCAAAAGCUGGUUUUUUCUACACUGGAAAGGGCUGUGCAACAAAAUGUUAUUCGUGUGGUACAACUUACGACCAAUGGAAAUCGGGAGAUGAUCCUACAGCAAUUCACAAAAGCAUAUCACCAUCUUGUACACUGGUGAACAGUUUUGGUUGUGAAAUACCUCAGUAUGCGGGUAAUAGUUAUUUAGUAAGUACACCUUCAUAUGAUGCGACUACAUCUAUGAACGUCGGUGUUAAUGAUAAAAAACUUGAACAAAGUGAAAGUACAACAUCUUCAUCAAGAGAUGCAUACACUGGUCACCAGAUCACGACAGAUAAUGCAACAAGUGUUCCAAUUUCUCAGGCUCCAACCGAAAAUGCGGCUAGAAAUAUCCCAACCAGUGACAUAACAGGAGAAACUGGUGACGAUAGUAAAAAUAAUUCAAGGACGAAUGAAUGUCAACACGAUUAUGCAUCGCUUGGUAUUAACAUUGACAAGGUAAAGUAUCCAGAUUAUGCUUCCCUUCAAGUUCGAAUUAGCUCAUAUCAAGGAUGGCCAUCGUAUCUUGACCAAACACCACGUGAGAUGGCUGUGGCUGGUUUCUUUUUUGCAGGUCACCAUGAUUAUACGCGGUGUUUCUUCUGUGGAGGUGGACUUCGAAACUGGGAGCUUGGUGACGAUCCUUGGGUUGAGCAUGCACGUUGGUUUCCACAAUGCUCUUUUUUGAAACAAAACAAAGGCGAUGUAUUUGUUUAUGACAUUCAGAGACGGAAACAACAAUUGGAAAUCACUACUAAGGAGAACAACCUACAGUCACCUUCAGAUGAAGCUAGCGGUGGUAGGAGGACACAGACUGCGACUGACAUUUAUACAAAUCCAUUACUAGAUAGUGUUGCUGUUAAAAGUGUUUGUGAAAUGGGAUAUUCUAAAGAACAAGUUGUAAAACCAUUACAGAUACUCAAGGACUCGGGACAAGAAUUAACCGCUUAUAAUAUCCUGAAAAUUUUACUUGAUGGUGAGGAUGCAAUCAGAUUUGAUACUUUUACAUCUUCCCAAGGCACUGAGAGUGUAGCAACGCCUAGUUCUUUAAAAGAAACAAUUACUGACAUUUCUUCAACGUCAAGUACCCCAACCGUACUAGAUGAAGCAGAAAAAAUAUUAGAAGAAAACCGACAGUUAAGAGAACAAAGAUUAUGUAAAGUGUGUCUAGAUUUAGACGCUUCAAUCGCCUUUCUACCAUGUGGACAUAUAGUGUGUUGUAAAGACUGCGCACCUGCUAUCAGAAAUUGUCCGAUUUGUCGCAAAUACAUAAAAGGAACUGUUAAAACAUAUCUUGCAUAGAAAUAAAAUACAUUAAUCAAUAGUAAUGUCCUCAGUUUCAGUUGAACAUGCUGAACAGGAAGUCAAAACAAUGUAGAUGAGCACUUAUGAUAUUGACACAAUUUGAGCAACAGUUAUUUCCCUUUUGUCGCCAUGUGGGAGUUCUAUGUACACAGAUUCCUUCAUAAAUAAGUCAAAUUCGACUUGUUAUACUGACUGCUAGACUUUGGAAAAAGUUUUUUUCUGAAUAUUUUUAAUUAUUUUCAGCCUUGUUUGAUUCAUCACUUGGAACUAGUAAGGAUCUAUACACCUUAUCGCUAUUUAUUCCAUUCAGGAUAAUUCUGAAAUUACACAACUCUUUCAAACCAAUUGAAGCUAUCUGGAGCCCUGUUUAAGAAAGGGGAGGCGAAAUAUACCAGAAGGACUUUCAAACUCAUAAGUCGAAAAUAAACUGACAACGCCAUGGGUAAAAAAGAAACAAGAUCAACAGAUAACAAUAGUACACAAAACACAACAUAGAAAACGAAAGACUGACCAAUUUAUACAGUGUAUAAAAUUUUUCAAAGAGUUAUGUUUAAAACAUAGUAAACACUUCAAACAAAGCGUUUUUCUUACUUUAAUCUGUGUUUAAAAAAUUGGAUCAUAAACUAUACAAAUUACAAAAUGAUGACUUUCUACACGUUUUCCUCACCCAGCUCAUUAUCGAUGAGCUUUGUUUUUUGCGACACUUGACCAAAACAGGAAGUUGUCUAAGUAACUGUUUCCGUAUUGAACUAAAUGGCGAUAAGGUGUAUUAUCAUGGUUAGUUGUUUCACAUGUUUCAAUUUGGUUUGUAAAAAUAAAAAAAAUCAAUAAUGUAUCCCUUAAAUAUGGCGGUCAAGGGGAAUAACUCAAACUAAAAUUUCGUCACAUCGAAACCUAUCUACUUUCGGGAUGGCCUUUAUUGGGAACACUACCAGAGGAUUCAUUGAUUGUCGCUAGCUUAACGUCCAGUGGCAAAUACUUCAUGCAUAUUUAGGACGAGAUAACAUUUACAAUUAAUACAAUAGAUAGAUUAUGCAUGGUAGAACGACCAGAAUGAAAGCGGUAAAUUUUGACUGCUUAAAAAAUGUUUUCCUGUGUGGGUUGCAGACAUUUUCAGCAGUCUACCGAUGGACCGCCGAAUGUUUGAAAAGACAAAUAUAGAAAAUUUAGAUCAUAAGACGCGAGGUGAGAAAAUAAUAAAGCCAAAUUCAUGCUGAGGUGAUUUUUGUCUGAGGAAUUUAACAGAAAAACCAAAUUUUUAAUUGGUCAACGACGCCUGAGGAAUAAAACGUCAAUACUUAGUUGAUGUGAGAUAUUAAACACAAAAUGAAACCAGGAAUGUUCUUGAAGCUAGACAAUAAAAAAUUAGAAUCAAUAGAGACCGGAACAAUCUUAACAACAAUAGUGCAAAAAACAACCAAAAUGUUAUUUUAUGACAAAUAGGAACUGAAAUAACUGGAACUUUUGCAUGAAAGUUUUGUCAGUUCAGUUAUCUUUGAUUGGCAGUAUGUUACAGAUGUCUCUUUAUAAAUAUCUUUAUAUGUACAAUGAAAGCGCAAACGUCUACUUCUGUAAAACUCUUUAGUAAUAUCAGUAAUGGAAACAGCUA